AAUAUCUACCGGAAAUACUUGCACCAGUUAAUAUCUACCGGAGAUAUUUGGAUCGGAUGGCUAAAAUUUACUAGCAGCAAUUUUAGCAGUAAAACAUUCAAUGAUUCUUCAUUCAAACUUUCAAUAAAAAUUAUUGGAAAAUUGUAUUCGCUUAGCUGCUAG